UGUAGUUGACAUUUUAUAGCGAAGCACAAAACGCAAUGAUACUCUCUUCCUCUUCCCUUAUCACUUCAUCCAUUACUCCACCACAAAACCACCAAUCUCUGAAUCUUCUUUCAAAAUGCAAGAACAUGGAAGAAUUCAAACAAAUUCAUGCUCAAAUGAUAAAAAACGGCCUCCACAAGUCCCAGUUUGCCUUAAGCAAGAUUCUCCAUUUUUGUGCUAUCAACAGUUAUGGCGACCUUUCAUACGCCCUUUCAGUAUUUGACACCAUUGAAGAACAGCCUGAUCCGAUCAUAUGGAACACAAUUAUCAGAGGUUAUUCAUUAAAUUCAUCACCGUUUUCAGCAAUUGAUUUUUACAAGUUCAUGCUUUUAUCCGAUGUCGAACCAAACUCUUAUACUUUUCCUUCUCUUUUGAAAUCUUGUGCAAGAAUCGACGGGAUAAACGAAGGGAAACAGAUUCAUGGACAUGUUUUGAAGCUUGGACUCGGUUACGAUGUGUUCAUCCACACCUCUUUGAUUAAUUUCUAUUCUCAAAGUGGAGAAUUGGAUGAUGCAAGAUUAGCGUUCGAAAAAAGUCCUCUGAGAGACCCUGUUUCGUUUACAGCGUUAAUCACAGGGUACAUAAGUCGAGAGCGUUUCAAAGAUGCUCGUAAACUGUUCGAUGAAAUGCCUCUUAGAGAUGUAGUGUCAUGGAACUCUAUCAUAGCUGGCCAUACUAAAAUCCAACGCUUCCAAGAGGCAAUAGAUCUGUUCAAAGAGAUGCAAAUCGCCAAAAUCAAACCCAAUGAGAGCACACUAGUGACAGUUCUUUCUGCUUGUGCUCAAUCAGGUUGUCUUACAACAGGUGAACACAUCAAAACUUGGAUCUUUAACAAUAAACUUGAUUCAAACCUUCGCCUUGUGAAUGCCCUAAUCGAUAUGUACUCAAAAUGCAAUGAGCUACAGAAAGCUAGAAGCUUAUUUGAUAGCAUAAACAAUAAGAAUAUAAUCACAUGGAAUGUUAUGAUAGGUGGGUAUGCACAUACACACCAUUAUAGAGAAUCCAUGGACCUCUUUAGAAUCAUGUUACAAUCAAACCAUAAACCUAAUGAAGUCACAUUGUUGACGAUUCUUCCCACUUGUGCUCACAUGGGUGCACUUGAUCUUGGCAAAUGGAUCCAUGCUUAUAUCAACAAGAACAUUCCAGAAUCUUCUAACCCUUCUCUUUCCACUAGUCUAAUCGAUAUGUAUGCUAAAUGUGGAGACAUUGAAGCUGCAAAAUCAGUCUUUGAGAGUUUAAAACACAAAAGUUUAGCUUCAUGGAACGCGAUGAUUUCAGGGUUAGCCAUGCAUAGACAAGCCCACAAAGCCAUUGAACUUUUCAAGAAAAUGGUAAAUGACGGUUUCGCCCCCGAUGACAUAACCUUUGUUGGUGUUCUAUCAGCAUGUAGCCAUGGCGGACUAGUCAACUCAGGUCGCCACCUUUUUCACUCCAUGAUCCAAGAUUUCAAGAUUUCACCCAAACUACAACAUUACGGAUGCAUGAUUGAUCUUUUAGGUAGAGCUGGUUUGUUUGAAGAAGCCAUGGAUAUGAUCAAGAAAAUGGAAGUGAACCCAGAUGGUGCGAUUUGGGGUUCACUUCUCGGGGCAUGUACAUUUUACCAAAAUACCCUUUUGGGUGAAUUCUUUUUCAAGAAAGUUGUAGAAUUGGACCCUGAAAGUUCGGGAGCUCAUGUGAUGUUAUCAAAUCUUUAUGCUGCAAAUGGACAAUGGGAUGAUGUGGCAAGAAUAAGAACUAAAUUUAAAGAUGAUGGAUCAAAGAAAAUUCCUGGGUGUACUUCGAUUGAAAUAGAUGGUGUUGUUCAUGAGUUUCUUGCAAGUGAUAGAACACAUCCCAUGAGUGAUCAAAUCUAUGCAAUGUUGGAAGAAACUAAUCGGGUUCUUGAAAAGAGUGGAUAUAUUUUGGAUACAUCUUUAGUGCUUUAUGAUAUGGAUGAUGAAUGGAAGGAAGGGCAAUUAUGUCAACAUAGUGAGAGAUUAGCAAUUGCUUUUGGGUUGCUUAGUACUAAGCCAGGGACAACGAUUAGGAUAAUGAAGAAUUUGCGUGUUUGUAGUAAUUGUCAUUCGGCUACGAAGUUGAUUUCCAAGAUUUUUGAGAGGGAGAUUAUUGCUAGGGACAGGAAUAGGUUUCAUCAUUUCAAAAAUGGGAUUUGUUCUUGUAUGGAUCAAUGGUGAUGAAUGAUGUUCUUGAACUUGAAAGGAUGUUGAUUUAUUUGA